GUGGUAAGACAUUUCUAUAAAUAAGUUAUGUUUUGGAUAUUUUUUCAGAAUUUAUGAACGAAUAAACCGUUUGAUUUUUUAAAUUUGGAUAAAUGUCUAGUUCUUUCUUUAGUACUGAUAAUUAAAAUGUUUCAUAAACCCGUAAUAACGCCUGACCUAACAAAUUUCUGUCGAACUUGUCUUACACAAUGCACAGCACAAGAUUUAACAAAACUGUCCUGCGACAUAAGUCUGAAAAAUGAUAUUUACGAAAUCACACGCAUUCAGAUGAGAUUCCAUUCGUCUCUACCACAGGGUAUUUGUAAGAAAUGUUUUAGAGAUAUAAGAAUCGCAAUGGCUUUCAAAAAGAAAGUGGAACAUACAGAGGUACAGUUGCAAACCGUGGUGAGAGUAGUGAACGAAACAAACAGUAUUACAAGUAUAGUUCUUUUAACAGAAGAACUACCUGUACCAGAUUUAGUACCAAUAAAAACCAGGGAUGAAAAGAUAGAAGCCAAUAAAAUUGAUUCAAGUGAGAGUGAUAUAAUAAUUGAAAAGGUUGAAGAAACAGGGGAACAGGAUUUAGUUCCAACAGAAACCAGAGAUGAAAUAUUAGAAGCCAAUACGAGUGAUGUAAAUGUAAAGAUGGAGAAUGAUAUAAAAUUUGAAGAAGUAGAAGUAAGAUGGGAGGAGGUAUGUGAGGAGGUUCCAAAAGAAUGGCAUAUAAGUAAAUUACCAUGUAAAAAAUUAAGAAAAUGUAUUUAUUGUGAUAAAGAGUUUGACAACAUUUUCGAUCUGAAAAUACACAAGAGGUUAGAUCACGUUGAUAAACCUUGCGAAAUAUGUGGAAAAACUUUUAAAUCAAGAGAAUGCUAUGUUAUGCAUCUAAGAACUCAUUCGGAAAAAAGAUAUAUGUGUGAUCUGUGUGGUGAGACGUUUAUGUAUAGCUAUAAGUUACACAUUCAUAAGAGACUUCAUACUGGAGAGCAGCCUUUUAAAUGUGACAUUUGUGCCAAUGUCUUCCAAAGUAAUGCCUUGCUUAAAAUCCACACAGCUAAACAUAGGCCUGAAUGUAAAUUUAAGUGUAAAAAAUGUCCAAAGGCCUUUAAAUAUGCCAGUGGUCUGUAUUCCCAUGAUCAACGUUUUCACACUGUACAAACUAAGUAUCAGUGUGAAGAGUGUGGAGUAAAUGUGGAUGGAUAUGGUGCAUUUCAGAGGCAUUCAAGGAUGCAUAGAGAAAGGACAACUCACAUGUGCGAACUUUGUGGCAAAUGUUACUUAGCUAGUAUGUCGUUAAAGCGGCACAAAAAAAAAGUUCACUUACGGUCGUACCAUUGCGAAUGGUGUACCGAAUCAUUUAAGUAUGAAAUUAACCUUGACAAGCACUUAAAAACCUGCCAUAAAAAUGUGAAGCACUUUAAAUGCGACGUGUGUAACAAAAGAUUCAGGUUGCAAACCCUUUUAAAAUUGCACAAGAUAAGGCAUAAAGAGGAGAAUGGAGAAGGUAUUGUUGGAUUACCGAUUAAGAGCCUCAAUAAUAACACACUGGCAUAUAAAGACCACUUAAUAGAAGAAUCUUUGGGUUACCCCUUAUAUAAUCCUGAUAUUUGGUCAUCGUUCUAUUUUACGAGUUGGUCUUUCAUGACUAGAUUAAAAAUUUUGCACGACAAAGAUGGAUGUAUACAGUUCCAGGGCAGUACAUUUAUCCAUUUCAUGAAUAUUACCAACAAUGCAUCAGGCCUUAUAAUAUUAACAAUGUCUGAUAAAAUUUUGUAUACCUCCGAUUUUAAAAAGUUUUGUAGGACAUGUUUGUUACCAUUCGAUGAACAACAAACUUUUUCAAUGUACGACACCCUUGUUGCUAAACACUUGAGCAAAAUAACACAAGUUCAAUUUGUACAUCAUUCAGCAUUGUCUACAGAAUUGUGUUUGAAAUGUUAUCAGCACCUAAAAACAGCGAUAGAUUUCAGAGAGCGAGUAAAAAAAAUUGAAUCUCAAAUGCAACAAAUUGUGAUAUUACUGAACGAAGCCAGUAAAAAUCCUAAUGUUGAAAUUGUUGAGCCUGAUAGUGAUAAUUCUGUAGAGAAUAAUGUAGAUAAUAAUAUAGAAGAGGCUAAUACACAAAUGAGGGAAGAUUUACAAUGUACAAAUGAUAAUGAAUGUGUUACAGAAUUUGAGGAAGAUACAUAUAACGUUCAAAAUGAUGUAACUGUAAAAAUUGAGAAUGAUAUUGAAAGUAAUCCUUCUAAUCAAGAAGGUGAUAAAGGUAAAGCGCCAACUCCAAGGAAAGCAUUAGCAUGUUCGUAUUGUGGGAAAGAAUUUAAAAGCCGAAGUAACGUUUUGUACCAUGAAAAAGCCAUUCACGCAAGGGAAAAGAAACACAAAUGCACCAUGUGCGAUAAAUCGUUUAUGCGCAGGAAGUUUUUACAACGUCAUAUCAAUAUGCACACGAAUACCAAGCCUUUUUCCUGUAAAAUUUGUAAGAAAAGGUAUUAUUCCCAGCACGAUUUGGAUAAUCACAAGAUUCAGCAUUCUGAUGUGAAACAAUAUAUGUGUGACAUUUGCUCAAAGACAUUCAAGACUGCUGGCAAUUUCUAUCAACAUAGAGCAAUACACGGCGAAAAAAAAUAUCAGUGCGAACACUGUGGGUACAAGGCGACAUCUGUGACGCUUCUAAAACACCAUCUUGUCAGCCAUAUGGAUAAGAAAGUUAACAUGUUUCUCUUCAAAGAACAUAAAUGUAAUAUUUGCGAGAAACAUUAUGGGCACAAAUUUAGGUUAGACCAGCACAUGCUGAGCCACACAAAAGAAAAACCUCACAGCUGCGACAUUUGUGGAGAAAAGUACGGAAUAUUUCGCUUUUAGAUUAUACAGGGUGUGCCGAAAUGUUCGCAACAAAUGGAGUUAUCGGGUUUAUCGGAAAAAAAUGGGCGCACCCUGUAUAUAUUGUUCGUCCGGUGAAAGAAUACACGAUUUCGACAGGCCGCAACCAUAAAAAUACCGAUAAAAAUUGUUUUGGUAUUAAAAUGACGAGACUACUGUCAUUGUCAUAUAUUCUUUUGCUGGUUAGACUAUAUGUAUACAGGGUGGCGCACCUCAUUCG